CAAUUCAAUUUCAGUGAGUUGUGUGUGAAGUGCUGCCCAAAAUUCAGACAAGCCCACAAAAUGAGAGUCCUAGCAGAGAAUCACAUCCAUUUGCUGGAUCCCUCGGAGCUGCUGCGACCAGAGCCAACCUUCGCCGACAAGAAUCCUUCAGCCUUCCGCGAUUAUAGUGUGGAUACCAGUAAUCCUCUGAAGGAGCGAGUGCGUCAAACAUAUCGCCAGAUGCAUUUGAAUCAAACGGUUGACUUUGUAAAGGGACGUCGUGAUCACUGGCUCAAAUUUAACACCAUCAAAAUGACUAUACGCCAGGCUUUGGAGAAGUUGAACGACCUGGUGGAUGAAUCGGAUCCCGAUUUGGAUUUGCCCAAUAUCAUCCACGCCUUUCAGGCAGCUGAACGCGCCCGCGCCGAAUUCCCCGAACACGAUUGGCUCCACUUGACCGCCCUGAUUCACGACCUGGGAAAGAUCAUGGCCUUCUACGAUGAGCCACAAUGGGCAGUGGUGGGUGACACCUUUGCCGUCGGCUGUCGAUGGGGCGACAGUAUUGUAUACCGCGAAGAGAGCUUCGAGGGCAAUCCUGAUGGCGAUGAUCCGAGAUACAACACGGAGUACGGCAUCUACCAGCCCAACUGUGGAUUGGAUAACAUCCUCAUGUCCUGGGGACACGACGAAUACAUGUACAAUGUCCUCAAGCACAACAAGACCAAGUUACCCGAUGUGGCCUGCAAUAUUAUACGAUUCCACUCCUUCUAUCCCUGGCACAACGGCGGCGACUACAAACACCUGCAAGCCCCCAAGGACGAGGAGACCAAGAAGUGGGUCUUGAUAUUCAAUCGCUACGAUCUCUACACAAAGAGCGAGGUGGUGCCCGAUAUUGAUGCCCUGUGGCCAUAUUAUCAAUCACUCAUUGACAAAUAUUUGCCUGGCAUUAUCGAGUUCUAAACUCUAAGCAUAGCAAUAUAUGUAUAUGCCAAACUACAUAUAUUUGUAUAUCUAUAUAAUCUACUUACAUAUGUCUUUAUAAGCCCUUAUAUAUUACCAUUUAUAUGACCUUUUAAAUCCCUUACUAACUUUCACCUUUUUAAUCACAUACAUGUUUUAUAUUUUAAGAUUAAAAACUGAAAAAUACAAAAAUUAUUACAUUAAUGACAUUAUAGUAAGAGUCACUAUUUGCUUA